AUGCAGUCCACGCCGUACGAUAUGCAGCUUCUUAUGGAGCCGCUGAAUCAGAAAGUCACGGCGAAGAUUCGCAGUCUUUACGACUUCCAGCUGCGUCUGAUGCACAACAUCCCACCGCUGCCCUCCGGCGUCGACAUCGCCAACACCGUCAAAUAUUUCUCGCAGACUCUUCUUAGCGUACUUAAAGAUGUACCGCGCUCGCCCCUAGAGAUGAUUAGGGAUGCCGAUAGUGAUGCGGAACGGAUGGCACUCUAUCCCAAUCUGGAUUAUAAGGGACUCUUCAACGCCAUCUCGCAGCUGGUGGACGCCGCUCCUCAUAUACAAUAUGGCAUUCAGGCAUUUGGUCAAGCCGUACUCCAGUGUUUGGGCUGCCUGCUGCCAUUCCUAGAGUACGAUAUGAUAGACAACCUGCCCUACCUAGUCGCGUACUGCGUGGCCGUGUUCCCAGCAUCGUUGCACCAGGAGAUACUGCAUCUACUGUGUUACUAUAUAUUACCAUUUACUAUAACACGUAGAUAUUCUGGACUUGAAGAAGAAAGCGAAGCAUCGCAAUCCGUUGGGGCCAUUCUCAUGAUGGUGUUCCAGCACUCCAAUAAUCCAGCGCACCACUGCCAGCUGCUUGAGUGCCUGAUGUCCAUGAAGCAGCAAACGGUUCGAGAUGUUUUGUGCGUGAUCGCGCACGGCACUUGGGGAGCCCGACUGUCUGCAGCCAAGUUGCUCUUCUACUACUGGCCGCCCUUCGACGCCAAACUCUUUGACCGCAAGGGCCUACUUUGCAAGUUCUCCAACGACCUGGUGCCUUUCCUGUGCCAGCGCGACAUGUGCCCCAAUGCAGGCAGCGCGGAGGCCGCGAAGGUUUGCUACGACCACUGCAUCAGCGUCACCUUCGCCUCCGACACGCCGCCGCCGCUCUAUCUUUGCAUCGAGUGCGCCAACGAGAUACACAGGGAACACCCUAACCAGCGCUUCUUUGACAUCUUACACCCCCAGCAGCAAGUUUCGAUGGUUUGCGAGAAUAAGAAUUGCCGCUCCACGGAGAAAUCAGCAUACUCUAUUUGUUUUUCAAACGAAUGCGCCAGCUAUAAUGGCAAUCACCCCAUCAGGUACUGCCAGCAGUGCCACGGCAACCGCCACAACAGCCGACGCGGCGGCGACCACGUGCUGCAUUCGCGCCUGCCGCCCGCCUGGCACAUGGACAGCGACAUGCAAACCAACCUCGUCGACGCAAUCCUCAGGUCUAACCUCACAGCCACCUUCACUACACCACUGCACAAAGCGACAUGCAGACCAACCUCGUCGAUUCAAUCCUCAGGUCUAACCUCACAGCCGCCUUCACUACACCACCGCACAAAGCGACAUGCAGACCAACCUCGUCGACGCGAUCCUCAUGUAACCUCCAGCCACCUUCACUACACCACUGCACAAAGCGACAUGCAGACCAACCUCGUCGACGCAAUCCUCAGUCUUCUGAAAGAAGCGAAACCUAUCAACAUGGAAGAUCCGGAUAGUUCUACUGAGCAACUAAAGCCACCGCUCUCCGUGAAUCUUCCUGAUCCUAUUUCCAUUGAAGACCGUCAGCUGCUGGGCCGGUACGGAGUUUGGCUGUUGGUUGGGCUGUGUACCCCGAACCCUGAUACUCCAGAUGAAAUCCUCGGCAGACUUCUCUCCGUGCUCUUUCAUUGGUUCCACGUCACCUCUUUCUCUUACACGGGCGAGAUCGCAAACACGGUGGAGCGUCUGAAGUCAGAGCAUGUGUGCGCGUGGGUGCGCAGCACGGCGGCGAGCCACGCGCGCGUGCUGCUGGCCUGUCUGCUUCCGCAGCCGCCCGCCUACGCGCGCCAAGCUGGCCACUGGGACUCGCUCGCAUCCAAGACGCAGCACCUCAAGGAUGGCCUCAACAGGUUAUACAGCUUGAUCCCUUAUGGUAUCAUCACACAGUCCAUCUGGGACUAUAUUAUGCCUGCAUGGAUGGAAGCAAUCUGUACAGAGGUUCCGGAAAAGGAGUUGAUGGAGCUUAAAGUGCCAGUAGCGAAGAUUUUAGAGCCAGACGGCAGCAUGGUGGGCGUGGAUGAGCGCAACCUGUACAACUUCGCGGUGCUCAAGGUGACGGACAAGCCACGUCCGGAAACUGUGCUGCCUGUGCUAGAAUGGUUUCAGACAAUUUCGUUGCUGGAGGUCAAAAUACCACUGUCGCAGUUGUUCGAUCUGUUCAGCCACUGCGUGGUCAAUAUGCCCGAGAUCGUUGUCCAAGCGCCAUCAGAGAGCACUAAGUCUAAGGACACUGACACAAACGGUUCUCCUGAAGACGAUAAAGAAAAAGAAAAGGACGAUGAGAUGAAGCCUCAAAAUAUGACGUGCUGCAUACUGAUGCUGGAUAUCUUGUUGAAGCAGCUGGAGCUGCAACACGGCCGAAUCAACAUUCAGAAUGUAAGCAGCGAGGCUACAAAGCUGCUUCGGCUUAUGCUUAAAUCUAACCAGAUGAACACCAUAGAGCAUGGCAAGUACCUUAACUCAAAAAUAUUGGUGCAGUGGACUGCUACGGUGGGGGUGGCUAAAGAGACGGUGUGUGGUGUUGCAGCUGGGUGUGCGGCGGGCGCGUGCGCGUACUGCAGCGCGGCGGCGCUCUGCCAGCAGCUGGCCGUGCGCCUCGUGCGCGCACUGCUGCCGUCGCGUGCGCCGCGCGAGCCGUCGAUAGAGGAGACGUGGUGCGAGACACAGAUGAAGAAGCCCCAGUGGGAUGAGGAGAGGGAGCGCGAGAGAGAGAGGGAGAGGAGCCGCCCGAGCGCCGCACCGGCUGACGCGCUGCCUGAGCGCGGCGCGCUGGGCGGCGUGCUGGUGCAUAUGCCCCACAUAAUGACCGCAACGGUGGAGACGAUCACCGAGCAGCUGGACAUGGCCGUGAGCCUGCCUCCCGCAGAACAGCCUCCACUGGCGACGGCCCACACCAUCACUCUCACCGACACCGAUGUUGCCACUGCCACGGCUGAUAUAUCUACACCAAACCUACUCGGUGAUCAUGAAGCUAUGGCCGAGUCGGUUGAAGAAGAUAUGACCAACUUUUGGCCAACUUCCGCGGGGAAAUUUCACUUCUGCAUAGAUGAGCUACCACAAGAGUUGCAAUACAUUCAUCAGCUGCUGCAAGAAUUGAAGAACACGACCCGGCCGGACGUCCUGUACCACUUGCUGCAGUGUCUGCAAGUGCUCGUGCUGAAUACUGACGCCUUAGCUGAACAUCGCGGCUUUCUUAUUUGGUGUCAGGAGAAUCUGCUCAUUGAAAACCUGUGGAGCGUGUGCGACGCGGCGCAGUCGCAUAUCAGCUCGGUGGCGGUGCCGGUGCUGCUGCACUGCGUGACGCUGGCGGGCGGCGCCGACGUGCUAUGCGCGCUCGUGCGCGACCGGUUCCACCACGCCGACGCGCACACGCGCUUCACCGCCGUCGAACGCGUCACGCUCAUCAUCCGAUUUAUGGAUGGAUCACCGAUUAAGACAAGCCUUCCUCUACAAACCGCUUUAGCCACCGCAUUCUGCUACUUAAUCUCCAGUAUGGAUGACAUCAAUGUUUACGUGGCCCAGAGAGCAACGCUGUACAUCGGCACCAUACACGAUAGUGCUAUAGAGUUACUGCUUUACUGUCUGGAGACGCAGUUUGACCUGGUUAUUGUGGAUCGGCCAAUGGUACUCCAGUCCAUCUACCAGCUGCAUAACACUCUCAGUGACCGUCGCAUCCUCACUUGGGAGUUUUUCUUGAACCGCUUUGAAACUUUACUGCUGGAGGCUCAGAUUAACUCCAAUAAGAAUCUCGAUUUUUCUAAUUUAAGAGAACUGGUAGGUGGCGACACGAGCUCGGAGUGGCUGGUGUACAAGGUGCGGCGCGCUCACGAGGCGCUGAGCGUGUCGGCGCGCGAGGCGCACGUGAACACGCUGAGCGCGUCGUUCGGCGCCAAGUGGCCGUACAAGCGCACCGUGUCCGCACCGGCUGCCGUGCCGCCGCCUGACGCUCGCCUUGAACGUGAGAAAGUGUAUUCUCGCCAGUAUUCAGCUCCACUGCUUAAGCGUAAAACUUCGCGUUUCGGAUUGGGCCAGCUACUGGCAGCGCCACAACCACCAGCAUCAGCGCAAAAGUCCAACAAUACUCAUGAGGCUUUUUCCUUAUCCGGUCGAUCCACGGAUGACACAUUGACAACGGUGUUACCAAAAAUAGACCUCGAAGAGACUGAUCGGGAGACUACUAACCUAUUAGUUUUUCUACUUAUGCAGUUCUUGUCUAGAUCAGAUCAAGCUUAUCCUACAGAAGACAAGACAUGUCUAAAAACACAAGAAAUGGUGCUGAAACAUUUGUUCUCCUUGCUGGGUUACAAUUGUGUCGACAAAUAUUUCCACGUAUCUCCACACAUUAUGAGACAAUCUUCGAUUUUUAAUGCUUUCAUGGCAAAUUUGCCUCAAGUGUUAGAUCAAAAUCACGUAAUGGGAGCUAGCAUCGCUGAGCCAACUUUACUUAUAUUGCAGUACUGCAGCGGUGCGGGGUCGAGUGCGGGCGCGGGUGGGCUAGGUGUUGGCGCGGGGGUGGGGGCGGGUACGAGUGGGGUGGGGGGCGUGGGCGCGCACACGCUGGGCGCGCUCGCGCCGCACGUACGCCGCCACUGGCUCAUGGCACUACUCGUCGUGCUAUACAAGUAUCACUACGGGACCGGAGUGCUAUGCAAUAUAACCGUGGGGUUAGUCCGCGUGGUGCUGAACUCCGUGGAGGCUCAAUACCAUCAGUGCAAACGCAUUCCGCCUAUGAUCGUGAUGCCCCAAGUGCAGCCGCAGACACAGUCUACCCAGCCGCAGCAGCCACAAAGAACUCGAGAAACUAGCCAGCCUUCUCUAAAGACUGAGGAGAGCAACGUAACCCACAAAUCUCCGGUUCACUGGCCUGACCCACCAGAACCUGCCAAAUACCAGCAGCAGUGGAGCUUAGAGCAAGAGUCGUCGGAGAGCGAGCUAAUCGCCAUCCCGGAGACCAGCGACAAAUCCGACACUACCAUGCAUGGAAGCACUGCGCCUGGAUCGUUCGAUGAGCCGUCCCACUACGAGGAUCCUCCAAAAGUCGAUCUCCACUCAGUUUGCACCCACCCACCACAUUACAAGAUUGCGGCUGUGGGAUCCCGCUCAGCUCAUCAGCUCUCCACUAGCUCCUCUGUAUCUGUCGGCAGUGACUCUUCUAAUUUGAAAUCGACACCCAUGAGUGGACAGUCGGUGGAGAUCUGGCCCGACCAGUUCACCCAGCUCGCCCAGGCUUCGCCGCGCGCAAAUCUACUGGGCAAGCAGAAGCGAAUUGUUGCCGGUAGCAGCACCUCACCAGACACGGCCCCUUCGUCUAAUGGUGAUGCGUUAACCCAUUGUCCGCCAUUACACUAUCAUCUACGAAGCCCAGGUCUGGCGUACGCGUCGCCCGAGUCACCGCUCUCCAAGAUGGAGCUGGCUUGGAGCGCGCCGCCGCCGCACGCGCCGCACGCGCCACAUCAGCCCUUCCACAUCCCGCCGCCCGAAAGAUUGCUACCAAUCGGACCAAAGCCCAAUAAAGAACAGUACCCAGUUUUCAACGCGUUAGUGGAUAGAGUGCGGGAGGCAUUGAGUUUGCCGCCCGAUGAUUCUACAGACAGAACGGACUCAAGUAAGUCUGAAAACGAGCCCACACCUACACCCACCAGUCGGCCGCAGGAUUUGACCAAAAAACUGUCCUCUGAAAGUACCAGCAGAUCUCCACGUCGGUUGGCCAGGCAGGUGGCUCAGCUGGGCUCUCCCCCGCCCCUGCUGCCACACGCUCCACAGCAUCAACCACAAGCACAGGCACCGGCGCCAGCACAGACACAAGCACAGCAACCACAAGCACAGCAACCACAAGCACAGCAACCACAAGCACAACAACCACAAGCACACACUCCGCGCUCUACCGCACGACCGCACUCCACUGAGGCGGGUCGCGGGGGCUGCGGCGGUUGCGGGGGCUGCGGGGCGGGUGCGGCGGGCGCGUGGUGGGGCGGCGAAGCCCGCGCCGCGCGUCGCGCCGCUCACGCACACGCCCCGCACACGCGUCGUGCUGACGCCACGCUCUGCUACCGCUGUGCAGAAUGUGGCACUGCAGUUGAACAAUACAGCGACGAGGAACUAGGACUGUGUAUCAUUGUGUUGGCCACGUUUGUGCACCGCGAACCAGCUGCUGCUGCGGGAAUGCUGCCAGCUCUGCUCCACAGUGUUAGCAGGGUGGUGCAGCUGGGCGCAUGGUCAUGGCAAGCGGAGCGCAGCGCGCGGCUGCCAGGUGGUGCAAUGCUGGUGGCGCAGCAGUUCCUGCGCUGCGUGCUGCAUCACCUUGCGCCAAACAACGUCUUUUUGCAGAUCUUCCUGCAGCGCACACCUGAAAAGCAACGUCUUAUGUUUUUCAAGAGUAUAGCCCAAGCAUUUGUAGACUUCAAUGAACUCUACCCGUGUGGUCCCCUACAGUUAGUCAUCGAACACUUGAACUCUAAGAAGACUCUGCCACUUGAUCAACUGCCAACGAUAGCGAGCAACAUCGCUAUGUACCUCGAGUGUCUGGCGCCGGAGGCUCUAGGACCAGCCAGUGCGUGCGGCGCGCUGCUAAGCGCGUUCGAGCAGCUACUGCGAGGCGCCGCGCUGCGCCUGCCGCAGCUGGACGACGCGCGCCCGCUGCUGCGCGCUGCCGCCGCAGCGCUUCGCCUGCCGCACGCACACCAGCACAAGAGCAUCCUGGAGCCAAUUUCAAAAAUCUUGAGUUACUCGAUCCAAAACUUCGUGGUGCGGCUGUCGCUAGUGACAGAGCUGAGUGUAGCAUGUGUACGUGCGUUUGGGCGUGACCGGGACAAGUUGCUGCUGUGCCGCGUGCUGGUGUUUGAACUAGUGCAGGCGCUGCGCACAAAGACCACCGUCCCCGAUGAUAAUCUCUUCAUGCUCAUACAGUUCGUGUUACAAGGUCGCGGCUGUACGCUGCUGCUGCCACCGGCGCUCGGCGGAGAGUGGGGUACGGGCGGUGCGGGGGGCGCGAGUGGUGUGGGUGUCGCGGGGGGUGCGGGGGCCACAAGCUCACUGAGCGCAGAUGCGCGUGAGCUGGCAGCGGGUGCAGUAGAGUGCAUGCGACCGCACCUGCCUGAUCUUCUGGAACUACUGCACGACCCGCAGCUGCUCAACAAGAUCAAGGGUUCCGUAUCAAAAUCCAUAGUCAAUCGAAACUUGAUCUGCUUAAAUGAGGACACGUUGGGCGCAAUCGUAAAAGGUGGUAUAGCGCAGUAUGUAGCCAUGGAAUUAGCCCUGGAGCAAAGUCGGGGCAAGCAGGACCGCAGCGGACAAGUGAGCAGACAUAUGUUGCCGUGGCUUACGUCGUCCCUACCUGGUUCGCGGGAGCUGUGCGAGUGCGUGGGGCGCGUGCGGCAGGUGUGCUGGGUGGUGCUGGGCGCGCUGUGCAACGCGCCGCCGCUGCACCAGCCCGUGCCGCCCGACCUCACCUGCCACCUCAUUGACCACGUGCAGACGAUAAUGUCAUCGUACGUGGAGCAAAAGGGCGGUAUGCAGCGCAUGAACGCGCUGUUCCACGCGUUCCUGCUGUGCCAUCUGUGGACGCUGUACCUGGAAGCGCUGGGUGAGCCGCCGGGCGCUGGUCUGCUGCUGGACUUCUGGUGCAAGCUGCUGCCCGCCAUGCUGCAGGUCGCCGCACAGUCCAGGCUGCUUGCAGAAACGGUGAAUCUUCAUUUCCUGAGCCUGCUGGAGUCUCUGCUAGAAUGCAACUCGACAGUCUUAAAUAAGCUACUGCCGCUCUGGACACCCAUUUUGCACUCGCCAUCGUUCACAAUGGCGAGCCACGUGGCGCAGCGGCUGCAGGCGUGCGUGGAGGCGGGGCCGGAGGGCGUGGGCGCGCGCCCGGCGCCAGCCGCGGGUGCUGGCGCGCGCUCGCAGCGCCGCCUGCACCGUCUCAUGGCCAAGAUGGCGCAGCUCGAACUGCAGCCGCACUCCUUCUACUUUAUUUAA